ACAGUCGGCAGCGAAAGCGCGCACUCGAACGCCAAUGAGAGCGGAAGGAGUGGACCUCUCCUGAAGGGUACUCUGCAUAUCCAGCAAUGAUUGGUGAAGUCCUCCUGUCUUCUUUUUGGUAUUGGGUGGACUUCCUCCGCCCACCCACUUGCUUUUGUCUAGAUAUGAUUGGUGAUUACAACAUCCUUGUAUAAGUUAAUUCUUGUCAACUCCUUGGGAUUUGAAGAGAAAAUGCCUGGUGUCAUACCUAGUGAAAGUAAUGGGCUUUCAAAAGGUAGCCCAUCCAAAAAAAAUAGACUUUCCUUGAAGUUUUUUCAGAAAAAGGAAACUAAGAGAGCCUUGGAUUUCACAGAUUCUCAAGAAAAUGAAGAAAAAGCUUCUGAAUAUAGAGGAUCUGAAAUUGAUCAAGUUGUUCCUGCAGCACAGUCCUCACCUAUAAACUGUGAGAAGAGAGAAAACUUGUUACCAUUUGUGGGACUGAAUAAUCUCGGCAAUACUUGUUAUCUUAAUAGUAUACUUCAGGUAUUAUAUUUUUGUCCUGGUUUUAAAUCUGGAGUGAAGCACUUAUUUAACAUUAUUUCAAGGAAGAAAGAAGCCCUGAAAGAUGAAGCCAAUCAAAAAGAUAAGGGAAAUUGUAAAGAAGAUUCUUUGGCAAGUUAUGAACUCAUAUGCAGUUUACAGUCCUUGAUCAUUUCAGUUGAACAGCUUCAGGCUAGCUUUCUCUUAAAUCCAGAGAAAUACACUGAUGAACUUGCUACUCAGCCAAGGCGACUGCUUAACACACUCAGGGAACUCAACCCUAUGUAUGAAGGAUAUCUACAGCAUGAUGCACAGGAAGUAUUACAGUGUAUUUUGGGAAACAUUCAAGAAACAUGCCAACUCCUAAAAAAAGAAGAAGUAAAAAAUGUGGUAGAAUUAUCUACUAAGGUAGAAGAAAAACCUCAUCAGAAGGAGGAAAUGAGUGGUAUUAACACCACAGAGAUGGACAGUAUGAGGCAUUCUGAAGACUAUAAAGAAAAACUCACAAAAGCAAAUGGGAAAAGAAAAAAUGACAUUGAAUUUGGUAACAUAAAGAAAAAAAUUAAAGCCUCUAAGGAACACCAGUCACUGGAAGAGAACCAGAGACAAACCAGAUCAAAAAGGAAAGCUACAGGUGAUACAUUAGAGAUUCCUUCUAAAAUAAUCCCCAAGUAUGUUUCUGAAAAUGAAAGUUCAAGACCCUCACAAAAGAAAUCAAGAGUUAAAAUAAAUUGGUUAAAGCCUGCAACUAAGCAACCCAGCAUUCUUUCUAAAUUCUGUAGUCUGGGGAAAAUAACAACAAACCAGGGAUCCAAAGGACAGUCGAAAGAAAAUGAAUAUGAUCUUGAAGAGGACUUGGGGAAGUGUGAAAAUGAAAGCACAACUAAUGGUUGUGAACUUGAAUCUCCAGGGAAUAAUGUUAAGUCCGUUAAUGUUAAUGAAGUUAAGCCCAUAAACAAAGGUGCAGAGCAAAUUGGUUUUGAGCUAGUAGAGAAAUUAUUUCAAGGUCAGCUGGUAUUAAGGACUCGUUGCUUAGAAUGUGAAAGUUUAACAGAAAGAAGAGAAGAUUUUCAGGACAUCAGUGUGCCAGUACAAGAAGAUGAGCUUUCCAAAGUAGAGGAGAGUUCUGAAAUUUCUCCAGAGCCAAAAACAGAAAUGAAGACCCUGAGAUGGGCAAUUUCACAGUUUGCUUCAGUGGAGAGGAUUGUAGGAGAAGAUAAAUAUUUCUGUGAAAAUUGCCAUCAUUAUACUGAAGCCGAACGAAGUCUUUUGUUUGACAAAAUGCCUGAAGUUAUAACUAUUCAUUUGAAGUGCUUUGCUGCUAGUGGCUUGGAGUUUGAUUGCUAUGGUGGUGGACUUUCCAAGAUCAACACUCCUUUACUGACACCUCUUAAACUGUCACUAGAAGAAUGGAGCACAAAGCCAACCAACGACAGCUAUGGGUUAUUUGCAGUUGUGAUGCACAGUGGCAUUACCAUCAGUAGUGGGCAUUACACUGCUUCUGUUAAAGUCACUGACCUUAACAGUUUAGAACUAGAUAAGGGAAAUUUUGUGAUUGACCAAAUGUGUGAAAUAGGUAAACCAGAACCAUUGAAUGAGAAGGAAGCAAGGGAUGUGGUUGAAAAUUAUGAUGAAGAAAUGUCAAUUAGAGUCAGUGGAAAUACACAGCCAAGCAAAGUUCUGAACAAAAAAAAUGUAGAAGCUAUUGGACUUCUUGGAGGACAAAAGAGCAAAGCAGAUUAUGAGCUAUACAACAAAGCAUCUAAUCCUGAUAAAGUUGCCAAUACAGCAUUUGCUGAAAACAGAAAUUCUGAGACUAACAGUACUAAUGGGACUCAUGAAUUUGAUACAAACAAGGAAUCCAGUGACCAAGCAGGCCUUAACUUUAGUGGAUUUGAGAACAAAAUUUCAUAUGUAGUGCAAAGUUUAAAGGAGUAUGAGGGAAAGUGGUUACUUUUUGAUGAUUCUGAAGUGAAAGUUACUGAAGAGAAGGACUUUCUGAAUUCUCUUUCUCCUUCUACAUCUCCUACAUCUACUCCUUACUUGCUAUUUUAUAAGAAAUUAUAGAGUAUUUUCCUUAUGUAUAUAUUAGACCUGGAUAAAAGCUGGUAAAGUUGAUUACAUCAAAGAGUCUAGCUUAUCUUUUGAAGCUAUUGGAUAUUAUUGGUCUCUCUAAAGUUUUUAUAUAAAUAGUGAAAUUUGAAUUACUGAAAACCAUGUUAAUUUUUAGAAUUCAUUUCCUAUAGUAGAGACUAGUGAUGCAUUAGCUUCUGGGAACAAACUUGUAUAGUUUCUUAAUUGAAUUAUCCAAAUGGAAGCAUUUAAACACUUUUGAAUUCACACCUAUCUUUUGUGUUUGCUUUUUAAAAUAAAGUGCUUGUAUUUGUAUCUCCAUAUUUUGGAGUAAUUAUCUAUAUGAUGUUUAUAGGUCCUGUGGGUUUCCAGCUAAGAAGAAGAAUCUCAUUUCAGUACCUUUAGUUUUUUAAGUCAUGAAGCCAGAUCUUUAAUGGGCUGUAUUUAGAGGCACAAAGUCUGGAAUAUGUGUGUAUUCACAGUAGUGUACAUUUUGUGCCUUGAAUCACUUUGAAAAGUGUCUCAGAAAACCUGGACAGCCAAUCCCCCUUCUAUCUUGAGAAGAAUUUUAUAUGUAUUUAUGAAAAUGAUUCUGUAUUCUAGUAAAUCUUUUUGGGCAUGGACUAAUUUGUAUCUCUUCAUAGUCAUAUUCUGCACGAUCUGUAUAUAGUAUAUCAAAUUUAGAGGUGUGUGACCUUAAAUUUAACUUUUUUUAAAAACUGGGAGGUCAAUAAAAUUUAAACUGCUUAACAACUA